UUUUUUCCCUAUUUCUCCUUUCCUUCUCGGUUUUUUUUUGUUAAGAAAAAAGAAAGAAAAAGGAAAAGAAAUUGGGCCAAUCUGAACUUGACAAAUUUAAUAAUAAAAAAGAAAACACUCAAUUUGCCUUUCUUUAAUUAUUUUAUGAAUUCCAUUUUUUAUUAUGCAGUCAUCUUAUCAACAGUCAUCUGCAAUUCCUAAUGGUCCUUCAAGUUCUUCUAAUAAUACGCGUAAUUCAAAAUUAGAUCAAAUUAUACAAAACUUCUAUACAAAGACUGCGCAGAUAAUUAUUCAAUCUCGAUGUACUACUAAUGAAGCACGAUAUGGGAAAAAAGCCAGUUACAAAGGGUCUUCAAGUAAAAAACUAAAUAAAUGGUUUAAUGUAGCGACUGAAGAUGUAGAAAUAUUACGAGAAGAUUUAAAGUACUGGAGAAAUAUGGCUGUACAAACUACAGCAUAUAAAGAACCUCCGCCCAUGAUUAUUGAUAUCUAUUUAAAUACCUCAAAACUAUCUUUCAAUCCAUCUUUGGUAGUUGCUGAUGAUAAUUUGAGAUGGGGCUAUGUCGAGCUUAAAUCACAAAUUACAGAUACCCAUAUUGAUCGUAUUCUCAUUGAAUCUUGGGAAUUAACUUUAAAUCAUCCAUUUCCAGAUUAUCCAGUCGAUUUACCCAAUUUAUACAAAAAAUGUAUAGUCUUCUUUCGCUCUUUACAUACUAUUACUCGACUAUUACCAGGCUAUGACCUCUAUCGUAAAUUAUAUAACGCAAAUGAUUCAUCAAAUCUUUUAUCAAUUGGUUAUCGUUUAUCAUCUUCAACCGCACAAAAGAAUAAUUCAGAAAUUCCAAUAGAAUCAAGUAUAUUAGAAAGUGAUGCUCGUAAGCCAACGAAACUAUAUGAGUUUUCCGAAAUUGUUACUCCUAUAGGUAUCUUUAAGCUUCAUGUAAACUAUCGUCGUAAUUGUGAUUUUAGAAUAGAAGAUACCGAAAGAGAUUUAAGUGCACAAUUUAUCGACAUGGAUGAGCAAUUCUUUACUCCAACUAUGCUAAAAUAUAAGCAAGAACAGCAACAAUUAUUACAGCAAAAGCAAAAACAGCAUAGUGAUUACUCAAUUAGGUCAACUACUAGUACUGGUACUGUUACAAGGCCUAGUUCAACAAAUAGUAAUAGUAGUAAAUCAACAACACCAAGGUCUUCUAUAGAUUAUAGACUAGAAAAUCCAUUAAAGCACCAUGCUACAACCGACCCAAGAGAAAUAAGACCCCCUUUAUCAAAAGGAGGAAAUACAUUUAUUGUUGGUAGUAGUGGAAGCAAUAGUAUUCGAAAUGAAUCCCCUUCAACAUCGAAUUCUACUAGUCGUCGUGCAUCUGCUGCAUUUAUUAUUUCACCUUUCAAGUCUCCAUUCUUGUCUUCUUCGCCUCAAGCAGAAUCUAUAUUCUCCAGUGGAGGAGGAUUAGCCAAAAUUCAACCAGAUAAUAAAUAUAGGGCAUCACCAUUAAUGCUUCAUAGCAAUAGUAGCACAAGUAGUACAGCAGCAGAUCAUCCUAACGUAAACACUAAUGCUACAGAUAGUAGUUCUUUUAGUCGUAAAAUUGAAUUUUCAUCCAGUUUUGAAAAAUACAAGUCAUCAAGUCCUACAAGAACAGUGGAUUCACCUUCAAAUGCAAGUAUAAUGAUGAUGAAAAGAUUGUCUCGUACCAGUGAUCAUACAAGUAGUUCGAUUUAUUUGAAAGAAUAUGAAAAUAAUGCAGAUGAUGACUUGGAAGAUUUCGUUCGUCUUGUUCGUUCAAACCAAGAACUUCGCAUGUUUAGUAGUAUGUCAGUAACAGCGAGUUCUACCUCUUCACCAAAAAGGCUAAAUCUUUUAUCCCAUUUUCAAAAUUUACGUGAAACACAUAAUUCCCUUUCAGACUCUCUUUCAUCAAGCAUAAUGCUUGGUACUGCAAAUCAACAAAAAAAUAGUGAAGAAGAGAAUACAGCCACAUCUCCUAUCUCUUCUACCUCUUCUACAGGUCGUUCUUAUCAACCUACUAUACCCUCUCCACUUCAUGCAGAACAGCGAUCUACUACACCCAUCCAUAUUCCUCGUAGCUUUCCUCAACUAAGAUCACUCUCUAGUACACAAAAUGCAUUAAGAUUAGCUCGUUUAAAUACGAAUGACGAUAAACAUAAUCAUGAUAUAAGUUAUAUAAUGGAUGAUGAAAACAAUAGACAUAAUGAUAUAUCUGCAUACUCAACAUAUCCUCAAGAUCAUUAUCGUCAGGAGUUAUAUUUGCUACGAAACAAUAAUUAUCCCGCCUUUUCUGAAUGCUAUCCAAAUCGUAUAGCUAAAAGACGAAACUCAGAGCAACCAGAGGAUAAGCUAUCAUCACACCAAGAUUUUAGUAAGAAACUAGAUGAUUACUAUGAUGAUGAUGAUGAUGAUGGUCCUCUUUAUCACUAUCGCUCUCAACAUAGUAACAUAAAUGAAAGUAGUCAUUUAAUGCAAGAUAAUCAUUCUUCUACAACGACAAUGAAUCAAAGUGAACGGCAACAAAAAGCUAAUAAUUCACUUAUGGAUGAUGACGAUUCACUUGUAUUUAAAAUGAGUGAAUUAGAAUGUUCUGAAAGCAAUCAUAGUGAUAUGCAGCAACAUCCCGGAAUAAUAGGAUCUACCUCUUCGCAACAGCCUACUGAUAUGUUGUAUAAUAAUAAUACUACAUUUCUUAAAAAUACUACUACUACUACUACUGCUGCUACUACUACUACUACUUACCCUUCUUUGCGUAUGCCAUCCUCGCCUCCAACAUUUGCGAAUAAUAACAGAGUGAAUGAACAAUAUCUUGAAUUGACACCUACACCUCUUUCGCCUCCUUUGCUUCAUCGAUUACAGACUAUUUCUAUACCAACAGAAGAAGAGAGAAAAGAAGAAAGAAAUAAUAAAGUAAAGAAUGUGAAACCAACCAGCUCGCUUCCCUUUGAUGGCUGGUAAUUUAUAUAACACACACACACACACACACACACACAUACAAACAUACAUACAUACAAACAUACAUGCAUGCAUCAC